UAUGCGGACUAAUAUGAAUCUCUGACGCGUUCAGCUCGGUAUAAAAGACAGUGUCGCGCUUCAGACUGCAGCAUUUCUUCAACUGGAGAAGACAUCGAGAAUAGACGAUUACAGAAGUAAUUAUUACAGUUUCGAAAUCUGUGGUGCAAGAUGCAGAUCUUUGUGAAAACCCUCACCGGCAAAACCAUCACCCUGGAGGUGGAGCCCAGCGAUACCAUUGAGAAUGUUAAGGCCAAGAUCCAGGAUAAGGAGGGCAUCCCCCCUGACCAGCAGAGGUUGAUCUUUGCCGGAAAGCAGCUUGAAGAUGGCCGCACCCUGUCUGACUACAACAUCCAGAAAGAAUCCACACUCCACUUGGUCCUCCGCCUCAGGGGUGGUAUGCAGAUCUUCGUCAAGACCCUCACCGGCAAAACCAUCACCCUGGAGGUGGAACCCAGUGACACCAUUGAGAACGUCAAGGCCAAGAUCCAGGAUAAGGAGGGCAUCCCCCCUGACCAGCAGAGGCUGAUCUUUGCUGGCAAGCAGCUUGAAGAUGGCCGCACCCUGUCCGACUACAACAUCCAGAAGGAGUCCACCCUUCACCUGGUCCUCCGUCUGAGAGGUGGCAUGCAGAUCUUCGUCAAGACUCUCACUGGUAAAACCAUCACCCUGGAGGUGGAGCCCAGCGACACCAUUGAGAACGUCAAGGCCAAAAUCCAAGACAAGGAGGGCAUCCCCCCUGACCAGCAGAGGCUGAUCUUUGCCGGCAAACAGCUGGAAGAUGGCCGCACCCUGUCUGACUACAACAUCCAGAAAGAGUCCACCCUCCACCUUGUCCUCCGUCUCAGAGGUGGCAUGCAAAUCUUCGUCAAGACCCUUACUGGCAAGACAAUCACCCUCGAAGUUGAGCCCAGCGACACCAUUGAGAACGUCAAGGCCAAAAUCCAGGAUAAGGAGGGCAUCCCCCCUGACCAGCAGAGGCUGAUCUUUGCCGGAAAGCAGCUGGAGGAUGGCCGCACCCUGUCCGACUACAACAUCCAGAAAGAAUCUACCCUCCACCUUGUUCUCCGUCUCAGGGGUGGCAUGCAAAUCUUUGUCAAGACCCUCACCGGCAAGACCAUCACCCUGGAGGUGGAACCCAGUGACACCAUUGAGAAUGUCAAGGCCAAGAUCCAGGAUAAGGAGGGCAUCCCCCCUGACCAGCAGAGGCUGAUCUUUGCUGGCAAGCAGCUGGAGGAUGGCCGCACCCUGUCUGACUACAAUAUCCAGAAAGAAUCCACCCUCCACCUUGUUCUCCGUCUCAGGGGUGGCAUGCAGAUCUUCGUCAAAACACUCACUGGCAAAACCAUCACCCUGGAGGUGGAGCCCAGCGACACCAUUGAGAACGUCAAGGCCAAGAUCCAGGAUAAGGAGGGCAUCCCCCCUGACCAGCAGAGGCUGAUCUUUGCUGGCAAGCAGCUGGAGGAUGGCCGCACCCUGUCCGACUACAACAUCCAGAAAGAAUCCACCCUCCACCUUGUUCUCCGUCUGAGGGGUGGCAUGCAGAUCUUUGUCAAGACCCUCACUGGUAAAACCAUCACCCUUGAGGUGGAGCCCAGUGACACCAUUGAGAAUGUCAAGGCCAAGAUCCAGGAUAAGGAGGGCAUCCCCCCUGACCAGCAGAGGCUGAUCUUUGCCGGAAAGCAGCUGGAAGAUGGCCGCACCCUGUCUGACUACAACAUCCAGAAAGAAUCUACCCUCCACCUUGUUCUCCGUCUGAGGGGUGGUAUGCAGAUCUUCGUCAAGACCCUCACUGGCAAGACCAUCACCCUGGAGGUGGAGCCCAGCGACACCAUUGAGAACGUCAAGGCCAAGAUCCAGGAUAAGGAGGGCAUCCCCCCUGACCAGCAGAGGCUGAUCUUUGCCGGCAAACAGCUGGAGGAUGGCCGCACCCUGUCUGACUACAACAUCCAGAAGGAGUCCACCCUUCACCUGGUCCUCCGUCUCAGGGGUGGCAUGCAGAUCUUCGUCAAGACCCUCACCGGCAAGACCAUCACCCUGGAGGUGGAGCCCAGCGACACCAUUGAGAACGUCAAGGCCAAGAUCCAGGAUAAGGAGGGCAUCCCCCCUGACCAGCAGAGGCUGAUCUUUGCUGGCAAGCAGCUGGAGGAUGGCCGCACCCUGUCCGACUACAAUAUCCAGAAGGAGUCCACCCUUCACCUUGUCCUCCGUCUGAGGGGUGGCCAGUAAAUGAGUUCAAUAUUUUAUUCACUUAACAUAACAAAUGCACCUAAUAAAGUGAGAUCACAAUAAAUUGA